CCCUGCAGGACACUGGGGCUGGAACAAAGAUGCCUCCCAGCAGCUGGGCAAGGCUGGCUCCCACACAAGAAAAGCAGGGCUGAUGUGAGCGUCCCGCACGAUCCCCACCUGCUGAGACCUAAUCCUGGGUUAUCUCUCCGCUGGCCCAGAGAAACCUGAAACCCCCCAGGCUUUUGAAGGGCUUUAUCUCCUCUUUCCAGGAACUGGGCUCAGUCCCUGUACUCGCUCCGAGGUGCCACUGAGCAGCUGCUGCCCAGAGCCCAGGCAAGCCCUGGUCCCAUUUCCAGCUUGACCAAGUACAAGAGGGGAGCCAGGGCUGCGGAUCCUACUCCCUCUUGCUCCCCGGGCAUCCGUCUCACAAUUAGAAAACCCGUGUGGGGAGCAAAGCAAAAAUCACAUUUCACUAACAGCUACUCGGGGUCGGGGGCGGGGAGGCGGGAGGGGAAGCGGGAAUUCCUACUUUCGCCAUAAAUUGUAUGCAAAUGGGUUCCUUCCCUGGCCGAGAGCCAGGAGUGAGUGCGUCUUUCAUGAGCUAACCCUGUUCCGCUGGGAGGGCUGUUCCUUUAAUUCGCCAACUGAAAAAGUGGGAAAGGAUGUCUGGAGGCGAGGCGUCCCAUUACAGAGGAAGGAGCUCGCUAUAUAAGCCAGCCAAAGUUGGCUGCACCGGCCACAGCCUGCCUACUGUCACCCGCCUCUCCCGCGCGCAGAUACACGCCCCCGCCUCCGUGGGCACAAAGGCAGCGCGGCUGGGGUACUCGGGGGACCGCGCACGUGGGAACCGCCGCAGCUCCCCACUCCAGGUACUUCUUCCAAGGAUCUAGGUCUCUCCCCCAUCGGAAAGAAAAUAAUUCUUUCAAGAAGAUCAGGGACAACUGAUUUGAAGUCUACUCUGUGAUUCUAAAUCCCCAAUUCUGCUGAAAGUGAGAUACCCUAGAGCCCUAGAGCCCCAGCAGCACCCAGCCAAACCCACCUCCACCAUGGGGGCCAUGACUCAGCUGUUGGCAGGUGUCUUUCUUGCUUUCCUUGCCCUCGCUACCGAAGGUGGGGUCCUCAAGAAAGUCAUCCGGCACAAGCGACAGAGUGGAGUGAACGCCACCCUGCCAGAGGAGAACCAGCCAGUGGUGUUUAACCACGUUUACAACAUCAAGCUGCCAGUGGGAUCCCAGUGUUCGGUGGAUCUGGAGUCAGCCAGUGGGGAGAAAGACCUGGCACCGCCUUCAGAGCCCAGCGAAAGCUUCCAGGAGCACACAGUGGAUGGGGAAAACCAGAUUGUCUUCACACAUCGCAUCAACAUCCCCCGCCGGGCCUGUGGCUGUGCCGCAGCCCCUGAUGUUAAGGAGCUGCUGAGCAGACUGGAGGAGCUGGAGAACCUGGUGUCUUCCCUGAGGGAGCAAUGUACUGCAGGAGCAGGCUGCUGUCUCCAGCCUGCCACAGGCCGCUUGGACACCAGGCCCUUCUGUAGCGGUCGGGGCAACUUCAGCACUGAAGGAUGUGGCUGUGUCUGCGAACCUGGCUGGAAAGGCCCCAACUGCUCUGAGCCCGAAUGUCCAGGCAACUGUCACCUUAGAGGCCAGUGCAUUGAUGGGCAGUGCAUCUGUGACGAGGGCUUCACGGGCGAGGACUGCAGCCAGCUGGCUUGCCCCAGCGACUGCAAUGACCAGGGCAAGUGCGUGAAUGGAGUCUGCAUCUGUUUCGAAGGCUACGCCGGGGCUGACUGCAGCCGUGAAAUCUGCCCGGUGCCCUGCAGUGAGGAGCACGGCACGUGUGUAGAUGGCUUGUGUGUGUGCCAUGAUGGCUUUGCAGGCGAUGACUGCAACAAGCCUCUGUGUCUCAACAAUUGCUACAACCGUGGACGAUGCGUGGAGAAUGAGUGCGUGUGUGAUGAGGGUUUCACGGGCGAAGACUGCAGUGAGCUCAUCUGCCCCAAUGACUGCUUCGACCGGGGCCGCUGCAUCAAUGGCACCUGCUACUGCGAAGAAGGCUUCACAGGUGAAGACUGCGGGAAACUCACCUGCCCACAUGCCUGCCACGGCCAGGGCCGGUGUGAGGAGGGGCAGUGUGUAUGUGAUGAGGGCUUUGCCGGUGUGGACUGCAGCGAGAAGAGGUGUCCUGCUGACUGUCACAAUCGUGGCCGCUGUGUAGACGGGCGGUGUGAGUGUGAUGAUGGUUUCACUGGAGCUGACUGUGGGGAGCUCAAGUGUCCCAAUGGCUGCAGUGGCCAUGGCCGCUGUGUCAAUGGGCAGUGUGUGUGUGAUGAGGGCUAUACUGGGGAGGACUGCAGCCAGCUACGGUGCCCCAAUGACUGUCACAGUCGGGGCAGCUGUGUCGAGGGCAAAUGUGUAUGUGAGCAGGGCUUCAAGGGCUAUGACUGCAGUGACAUGAGCUGCCCUAAUGACUGUCACCAGCAUGGCCGCUGUGUGAAUGGCAUGUGUGUUUGUGAUGACGGCUACACAGGGGAAGACUGCCGGGAUCGCCAGUGCCCCAGAGACUGCAGCAACAGGGGCCUCUGUGUGGACGGACAGUGCGUCUGUGAGGACGGCUUCGCCGGCCCUGACUGUGCAGAACUCUCCUGUCCAAAUGACUGCCAUGGCCGGGGUCGCUGUGUGAAUGGGCAGUGCGUGUGCCAUGAAGGAUUUAUGGGCAAAGACUGCAAGGAGCAAAGAUGUCCCAGUGACUGUCAUGGCCAGGGCCGCUGCGUGGACGGCCAGUGCAUCUGCCACGAGGGCUUCACAGGCCUGGACUGUGGCCAGCGCUCCUGCCCCAGUGACUGCAACAACUUAGGACAAUGCGUCUCGGGCCGCUGCAUCUGCAACGAGGGCUACAGUGGAGAAGACUGCUCAGAGGUGUCUCCUCCCAAAGACCUCGUUGUGACAGAAGUGACGGAAGAGACGGUCAACCUGGCCUGGGACAAUGAGAUGCGGGUCACAGAGUACCUUGUCGUGUACACGCCCACCCACGAGGGCGGUCUGGAAAUGCAGUUCCGUGUGCCUGGGGACCAGACGUCCACCAUCAUCCGGGAGCUGGAGCCUGGUGUGGAGUACUUUAUCCGUGUAUUUGCCAUCCUGGAGAACAAGAAGAGCAUUCCUGUCAGCGCCAGGGUGGCCACGUACUUACCUGCACCUGAAGGCCUGAAAUUCAAGUCCAUCAAGGAGACAUCUGUGGAAGUGGAGUGGGAUCCUCUAGACAUUGCUUUUGAAACCUGGGAGAUCAUCUUCCGGAAUAUGAAUAAAGAAGAUGAGGGAGAGAUCACCAAAAGCCUGAGGAGGCCAGAGACCUCUUACCGGCAAACUGGUCUAGCUCCUGGGCAAGAGUAUGAGAUAUCUCUGCACAUAGUGAAAAACAAUACCCGGGGCCCUGGCCUGAAGAGGGUGACCACCACACGCUUGGAUGCCCCCAGCCAGAUCGAGGUGAAAGAUGUCACAGACACCACUGCCUUGAUCACCUGGUUCAAGCCCCUGGCUGAGAUCGAUGGCAUUGAGCUGACCUACGGCAUCAAAGACGUGCCAGGAGACCGUACCACCAUCGAUCUCACAGAGGACGAGAACCAGUACUCCAUCGGGAACCUGAAGCCUGACACUGAGUACGAGGUGUCCCUCAUCUCCCGCAGAGGUGACAUGUCAAGCAAUCCAGCCAAAGAGACCUUCACAACAGGCCUCGAUGCUCCCAGGAAUCUUCGACGUGUUUCCCAGACAGAUAACAGCAUCACCCUGGAAUGGAGGAAUGGCAAGGCAGCUAUUGACAGUUACAGAAUUAAGUAUGCACCCAUCUCUGGAGGGGACCACGCUGAGGUUGAUGUUCCAAAGAGCCAACAAGCCACAACCAAAACCACACUCACAGGUCUGAGGCCGGGAACUGAAUAUGGGAUUGGAGUUUCUGCUGUGAAGGAAGACAAGGAGAGCAAUCCAGCGACCAUCAACGCAGCCACAGAGUUGGACACGCCCAAAGACCUUCAGGUUUCUGAAACUGCAGAGACCAGCCUGACCCUGCUCUGGAAGACACCGUUGGCCAAAUUUGACCGCUACCGCCUCAAUUACAGUCUCCCCACAGGCCAGUGGGUGGGAGUGCAGCUUCCAAGAAACACCACUUCCUAUGUCCUGAGAGGCCUGGAACCAGGACAGGAGUACAAUGUCCUCCUGACAGCCGAGAAAGGCAGACACAAGAGCAAGCCCGCACGUGUGAAGGCAUCCACUGAACAAGCCCCUGAGCUGGAAAACCUCACCGUGACUGAGGUUGGCUGGGAUGGCCUCAGACUCAACUGGACCGCAGCUGACCAGGCCUAUGAGCACUUUAUCAUUCAGGUGCAGGAGGCCAACAAGGUGGAGGCAGCUCAGAACCUCACCGUGCCUGGCAGCCUUCGGGCUGUGGACAUACCGGGCCUCAAGGCCGCUACACCUUAUACAGUCUCCAUCUAUGGGGUGAUCCAGGGCUAUAGAACACCAGUGCUCUCUGCUGAGGCCUCCACAGGGAAAACUCCCAAUUUGGGAGAGUUCGUGGUGGCCAAGGUGGGCUGGGAUGCCCUCAAACUCAACUGGACAGCUCCGGAAGGGGCCUAUGAGUACUUUUUCAUUCAGGUGCAGGAGGCUGACACAGUAGAGGCAGCCCAGAACCUCACGGUCCCAGGAGGACUGAGGUCCACGGACCUGCCUGGGCUCAAAGCAGCCACUCAUUAUACCAUCACCAUCCGCGGGGUCACUCAGGACUUCAGCACAACCCCUCUCUCUGUUGAAGUCUUGACAGAGGAGGUUCCAGAUAUGGGAAACCUCACAGUGACCGAGGUUAGCUGGGAUGCUGUCAGACUGAACUGGACCACGCCAGAUGGAACCUAUGACCAGUUUACCAUUCAGGUCCAGGAGGCUGACCAGGUGGAAGAGGCUCACAAUCUCACGGUUCCUGGCAGCCUGCGUUCCGUGGAAAUCCCAGGCCUCAGGGCUGGCACUCCUUACACAAUCACCCUGCACGGCGAGGUCAGGGGCCACAGCACUCGACCCCUUGCUGUAGAGGUCAUCACAGAGGAGCUCCCACAGCUGGGAGAUUUAGCCGUGUCUGAGGUUGGCUGGGAUGGCCUCAGACUCAACUGGACCGCAGCUGACAAUGCCUAUGAGCACUUUGUCAUUCAGGUGCAGGAGGUCAACAAAGUGGAGGCAGCCCAGAACCUCACGUUGCCUGGCAGCCUCAGGGCUGUGGACAUCCCGGGCCUCGAGGCUGCCACGCCUUAUAGAGUCUCCAUCUAUGGGGUGAUCCGGGGCUAUAGAACACCAGUACUCUCUGCUGAGGCCUCCACAGCCAAAGAACCUGAAAUUGGAAACUUAAAUGUUUCUGACAUAACUCCCGAGAGCUUCAAUCUCUCCUGGACGGCUACCGAUGGGAUCUUCGAGACCUUUACCAUUGAAAUUAUUGAUUCCAAUAGGUUGCUGGAGACUGUGGAAUAUAAUAUCUCUGGUGCUGAACGAACUGCCCAUAUCUCAGGGCUACCCCCUAGUACUGAUUUUAUUGUCUACCUCUCUGGACUUGCUCCCAGCAUCCGGACCAAAACCAUCAGUGCCACAGCCACGACAGCAGCCAAACCUCUUCUUAGCCACCUCACUGUCUCAAACAUGACCUGGGGCAGUGUGUCCAUCUCGUGGGAAGCUCAGGAGUCUGCCUUUGAUAGCUUUCUUAUAGAAGUUAGUAAUUCCGAUCACCCCCAUGAGACCAUGGUGCUGUCUGUGCCUGGGGUGUCUCGCAGCUCUGUCAUCACCAACCUCAAAGCUUCUUCUAAAUACACUGCCCACCUUCAUGGGCUGAUUGGCGGGCAGCGUGCUCAGACCCUGAUGGUCCAAGCAACCACAGAGGCCCUGCCCCUUCUGGAAAACCUAACCAUUUCCGACAUUAAUCCCUACGGGUUCACAGUUUCCUGGAUGGCAUCGGAGGAUGCCUUUGACAGCUUUCUAGUAACGGUGGUGGAUUCUGGGAAGCUGCUGGACCCCCAGGAAUUCACACUUUCAGGAACCCAGAGGAAGCUGGAGCUUAGAGGCCUCAUAACUGGCAUUGGCUAUGAGGUUAUGGUCUCUGGCUUCACCCAAGGGCAUCAAACCAAGCCCUUGAGGGCUGAGAUUGUUACAGAAGCCGAACCGGAAGUUGACAACCUUCUGGUUUCAGAUGCCACCCCAGACGGUUUCCGUCUGUCCUGGACAGCUGAUGAAGGGGUCUUCGACAAUUUUGUUCUCAAAAUCAGAGAUACCAAAAAGCAGUCUGAGCCACUGGAAAUAACCCUACUUGCCCCCGAACGUACCAGGGACAUAACAGGUCUCAGAGAGGCUACUGAAUACGAAAUUGAACUCUAUGGAAUAAGCAAAGGAAGGCGAUCCCAGCCAGUCAGUGCUAUAGCAACAACAGCCAUGGGCUCCCCAAAGGAAGUCAUUUUCUCAGACAUCACUGAAAACUCGGCUACUGUCAGCUGGAGGGCACCCACUGCCCAAGUGGAGAGCUUCCGGAUUACCUAUGUGCCCAUUACAGGAGGUACACCCUCCAUGGUAACUGUGGACGGAACCAAGACUCAGACCAGGCUGGUGAAACUCAUACCUGGCGUGGAGUACCUUGUCAGCAUCAUCGCCAUGAAGGGCUUUGAGGAAAGUGAACCUGUCUCAGGGUCAUUCACCACAGCUCUGGAUGGCCCAUCUGGCCUGGUGACAGCCAACAUCACUGACUCAGAAGCCUUGGCCAGGUGGCAGCCAGCCAUUGCCACUGUGGACAGUUAUGUCAUCUCCUACACAGGGGAGAAAGUGCCAGAAAUUACACGCACGGUGUCCGGGAACACAGUGGAGUAUGCUCUGACCAACCUCGAGCCUGCCACGGAAUACACACUGAGAAUCUUUGCAGAGAAAGGGCCCCAGAAGAGCUCAACCAUCACUGCCAAGUUCACAACAGACCUCGAUUCUCCAAGAGACUUGACUGCUACUGAGGUUCAGUCGGAAACUGCCCUCCUUACCUGGCGACCCCCCCGGGCAUCAGUCACCGGUUACCUGCUGGUCUAUGAAUCAGUGGAUGGCACAGUCAAGGAAGUCAUUGUGGGUCCAGAUACCACCUCCUACAGCCUGGCAGACCUGAGCCCAUCCACCCACUACACAGCCAAGAUCCAGGCACUCAAUGGGCCCCUGAGGAGCAAUAUGAUCCAGACCAUCUUCACCACAAUUGGACUCCUGUACCCCUUCCCCAAGGACUGCUCCCAAGCAAUGCUGAAUGGAGACACGACCUCUGGCCUCUACACCAUUUAUCUGAAUGGUGAUAAGGCUCAGGCGCUGGAAGUCUUCUGUGACAUGACCUCUGAUGGGGGUGGAUGGAUUGUGUUCCUGAGACGCAAAAAUGGACGCGAGAACUUCUACCAAAACUGGAAGGCAUAUGCUGCUGGAUUUGGGGACCGCAGAGAAGAAUUCUGGCUUGGGCUGGACAACCUCAACAAAAUCACAGCCCAGGGGCAGUACGAGCUCCGGGUGGACCUGCGGGACCAUGGGGAGACAGCCUUUGCCGUCUAUGACAAGUUCAGCGUGGGAGAUGCCAAGACUCGCUACAAGCUGAAGGUGGAGGGGUACAGUGGGACAGCAGGUGACUCCAUGGCCUACCACAAUGGCAGAUCCUUCUCCACCUUUGACAAGGACACAGAUUCAGCCAUCACCAACUGUGCUCUGUCCUACAAAGGGGCUUUCUGGUACAGGAACUGUCACCGUGUCAACCUGAUGGGGAGAUAUGGGGACAAUAACCACAGUCAGGGCGUUAACUGGUUCCACUGGAAGGGCCACGAACACUCAAUCCAGUUUGCUGAGAUGAAGCUGAGACCAAGCAACUUCAGAAAUCUUGAAGGCAGGCGCAAACGGGCAUAAAUUCCAGGGACCACUGGGUGAGAGAGGAAUAAGGCCCAGAGCGAGGAAAGGAUUUUACCAAAGCAUCAAUACUACCAGCCCAACCAUCAGUCCACACCUGGGCAUUUGGUGAGAGUCAAAGCUGACCAUGGAUCCCUGGGGCCAACGGCGACAGCAUGGGCCUCACCUCCUCUGUGAUUUCUUUCUUUGCACCAAAGACAUCAGUCUCCAACAUGUUUCUGUUUUGUUGUUUGAUUCAGCAAAAAUCUUCCAGUGACAACAUCGCAAUAGUUUUUUACUUCUCUUAGGUGGCUCUGGGAAUGGGAGAGGGGUAGGAUGUACAGGGGUAGUUUGUUUUAGAACCAGCCGUAUUUUACAUGAAGCUGUAUAAUUAAUUGUCAUUAUUUUUGUUAGCAAAGAUUAAAUGUGUCAUUGGAAGCCAUCCCUUUUUUUACAUUUCAUACAACAGAAACCAGAAAAGCAAUACUGUUUCCAUUUUAAGGAUAUGAUUAAUAUUAUUAAUAUAAUAAUGAUGAUGAUGAUGAUGAAAACUAAGGAUUUUUCAUGAGAUCUUUCUUUCCAAAACAUUUCUGGACAGUACCUGAUUGUAUUUUUUUUUUUAAUAAAAGCACAAGUACUUUUGA